AUGUCACUGCAAUUCUUGCGCGAGUUCAACAAGAACGUGAAGGAAUCACUCUCCAUCCUGAACGAGGGAUUCGAGAUCACCAACGGCGUCACGGAACUCAACAAUGUACACCUGCCGUACAUUAACCUGCUAAAGCGGCCCGAAGGUCCGGAUGAUAUCCCACUCUGCUGUAUUUUCGGGCCAGGAGGAUAUAAACGAGCGACCGGUGACCACCAUGCGUCGGAAGCGUCAUCGGUAGCACGGGUCACCGAGAGCACAUCGGCGACUGCCGCAGCGUCAGAUGUGAUGGAUGCGCCUAGUGCAUCCACCACAGAGGCAGCGGAGAGUGCUGGCGACGAUGGGACUGCUGAAGCAUCUUCACCUCAGGUCGAGGUGGAGCCGUCACGAUGUCCCCUCGGCGACGGAUGCAUAUUGAAACGAAUCGACGCUUCAAGAUUCCAGAGUGCCAUUACUUCUGUUAUAGAUAUCCUUAAGAGUGUCGAAAACGUCCUUUCUAGCACAUCCGUCGCCACUAGGCGCCUCUUGGAGAACCAGGUGAUUCCGGCACUAUGCAGCCUGCUGGAGGUGUCAGAAAUUGCGAGGCUGUUCCACCGUCCGCAACCCGCGCUUUCUCAGAAGUUCAACAAUACGCAAACCGUGCAUGCGGAUCUUCUUGGAAUUGUCUCCAUAGUGCUCAGGUUGAUGGACCAGAUCCUGGUAUACCCGGAGAGCAUCACAAAGUUGAAGGGCCGAAAAGUGUUUGAGGCCGAUAUUUCACCACGUUUGCAGUGCAAUGCGGCGGAUGUAUCUGCACGAGUGGUCGCAAAACUUGCCGGGGACGUGGGGCCUGCCGAUGGAGGGUCCAAGAGCUUCGACCAUUAUGACUGCCCCAGUGGAUACGAAUAUUUUGGAAAGGUAGCAAUCGUGUCUAUGACGGAGGCCGAACGGGACUCUCUGAAGCACCUCCUGGGGAUGUUAAACACAGUGACUAUCGCAACACAGUUCGCGAGGAACAUCCUUACGGCAGCAGAAAUGUGCAUUGAUGGGCAUGAGAUGUUGGAACGGGAUGUUGUGACCUAUUCGCUGGGUAUAGUGGAAAAGCUGUAUACCCACAACGAUUUCUCAUGGCAUCUCCAUCAGGCAGAUGACAAGUACCUGUACACCCUCGAUAUACUCGAUGCAUGCUACGUAAAUUGGCAGCUGGCGUACAAGGGCGUUUGUUUCUCCUGUGACCACCCACUCGGAAUAGCAGAUAUCCCAGAAUCGAUUCCUAGCUCCACCCACGGGACCAUUUGCAACUGCGUAAUAUCCCGAGGGGACCAUGCGGCACCCAACAGGCACCUUAUUGAAAAGGAGCUCGUGGAUUCUGAGGUCAAUCCCCGUCGACUCAUGCGGUUAGCCAAGGAAUCCGGGGACAUGACGUUACGCGCAAGAGUCACGGGUAUUUUGCUGCAGUGGAUGUUGAACUCCGCCUCAUUUCAGGAACACUUCGUAUCCGAGGGAUGCAUUGGUUUGCUGCUGGAUGUACUGAAUGGGUGUUACGUGGAUCAAUUCGGACUUCUUAACGAUUCACUGGCCGAAAUACCCGCAGAACUGUCAAAGAAACAAGCGGCGGCAUUGGAGAGUGAACUAGCCAUCGGGAUGUCGUUCGUGCCCUGCAGCAUUGAAUGCAUCCUCAUGCUACGCCAUUGCCUAAGGUUCGGACGUAUUUCGGAUACGGAUAUACGUCCUGUGAUUAAAUUUGUGACGCAACUGGCAUCGACCGUUCUGAAGAUCUGGAUUUUCUACUACUGCACGAAGCGCGGCUCCGCUCGUGAUGGGGAAAGCAGCAUAUUAAGGCAAAUCUUGUGCAUUGUUCUCGACAUGUGUUGCGCAUUAGUAAGGCCGCGUAUCGUAGAUAUUGGUGCAACGUCAUCGCAAACGGGGCAGAGUGCAGGCAACCCCAACCACGCAUUGUCAGCUGUAAAGCAUUUGAGGAACUGUGCAAAAUCAACGCAUGCCCAGCAUUUCUCCGAGCUCAUCGAAACUGGUAUAGCUGAGGAGGUGAUGUACGCGUUGUACGUGUUGUGCAAUCGCACCCGAUUUGGCUAUGAAGCCCCGGAACACGUCGUGGACGAGCUGAUGAGAUUCAUAGCUACUGUGGAAAUCGCAUCCAGGAGCAACGUAGAAGUUGCAGAUCUACUGAUGAACAAGAUACAUAUGCCAAUUGGUGAUCGGAUGCCGGCCGUGUACGCCCAUGUCAUGCACGACAUACAAACACGCGAUGUCGAAAACCUCAAACUCAAUCCGAUAGUCUCACCAAUGCAGGCACGGUUGAGCAGGUUCCGCAUGGAGAUAUUCGGCGAGAUUGCUGAAACGCCUGUCCUGGUGCUUUUGCUGUUGUGUCUAUUCGACAGCGACGUUGUAGUACCUUUCAAGGCGCCACUGUGGGGGUGCUCACUGAGAUUGGUGGUCGCCUCCGCGAUAUUUGAAAGGAACGAAGUGGCUGCGGAUAUAUUCGAGUACGUCAGGGACGUUUAUGGAGACAGCUUGACCACCUUGGAUGAGUCUGCGGAAACGACGGAAAAACGGCCAGAGCUGCGCCAUUUAAGCAGUAUGCUGGAUAUGUCGAUCAUUUUGUUCGACAGCGGACUUGAGGAGGCAUCAAGGGACAAGUUAAUAAACGACGAUCCAUGGACCAUCGGAACAACCGUUUUGGCCGCCUCCGUCAAGCUGCUAAAGGUAAAAUUUGUUUCAUGCAUGAGCAUAUUCAUUCAGCAACAAUCAUCAGACGAUUAUAUCGCAUUGACGGUUAAAGCGCUGUCACAACUUGCGUUGUACCUCUCUAAGCGUCACCUUUGCACUGAGCUUGGGGAUGUCGACAGCUCCCCAAUAACAGAAUGUAUGACGGCAUAUAAGGAUGCCCAAUGCGCAACUGUGACACAGCUAGCUGCAUUGGUACUCGCCCUUUUGGAGGCCAGAGGCGUACCGCUACAUGAUAAGGCUGCGCUUCAGACGAUCGUCACCGUGUCUGAAAGUCUAAUACAACUUCAUCGCAACGAACGACAUGUUCGAGCUCUCAGACUAAUGACAGAUCUGCAACCUUGCCGCCGUGUUGACGGUAUUUUACGAUCAUACGAGGAUACGUUGGAGGUGUUUCUGGCAGAGGUGGACAGUGUCGCAGAAAGCGAUGCACUAGGUGUAGUAGUUUGGCAUCGUACAAACCUGUGCGAAUUCGAGCUGUCUCCCAGAGUGCAUUACGUCAUGGAAAGAUUCAGGUGGACUUUGCAGAUGCAUGUCAUCGGAAGAAUGGUGGACAGCCUAAGGGACUACGCCCUCAUCCACGUAGACGACGCCAAACGAAUCAGCUCCAAAACCGCCGAAGAAGUGCAACGCAUGAGCCAUCUCCACGCGGAGGAAAUCGCAUUUGCGCAAGAACGUAUAUCGAAACUUAACAAGCAGGUAGAUAUAAUGGCGAUGUCAUUUUACAAGGCAGAGGAUAUGGUCACGAACUAUAAAAAUGAGUUAGAGGAAAUGCGAAAGGAGAAUAAAAAAUUGCGCAAGCGCCUUAAAAAGGCUGGUUCUCAUAAAGAUGCGGAUUAG